AUGGCGGAUUCAGGCCCAAUCGCGCCACAAGCCCGAACAAUCGUCUACUGUGGAGGUAAGUUUGUGGCGCCCCCCCCCUCUUCUUUACUUUCCAAUGAGAACAAGAGACUACGGAAUUCAACUGGACUGGACUCGACUAAUCAAUUUACUCUCCCCGCAGUGUGUACUCUACCCCCAGAGUAUUGCGAAUUUGGAGGAACAGCGAAGAAAUGCGAGGAAUGGUUGAAAGAGGAGGAGCCUGAGCUUUGGAAUCAGUUACAUUCUGAGGAUGCCCUCAGCGCCAACUUGUCUACCCUCUCAGUCUCGGCACAAGAACGUGCCGCCAAGGACGCCGCAAAGAAAGAAGCGAGGGCCGCUCAGAGUGAAGCCCGCGAUGCAGAGCGCAAGGCCGCAUCUAAGGUUAUUGUCAAGCGAGUGGAACGUAACAAACGCAAGCAUGUUACUGUUAUUACGGGAUUGGAGAUCUUCGGUCUUGAAAACAAGAAGCUAGCUAAGGAGCUGGGAAAGAAGUUUGCGACUGGCUCUUCUAUGACUCGCUCUGCGGCUGGGACGGAGGAGAUCACCGUUCAGGGUGAUGUGAGUGAGGAUGUGAAGGAGUGGUUGUUGGAGGUUUAUGGAAGUAAGGUUCCUGAGGCCAAUAUUGAUUUGGUGGAGGAUAAGAAGAAGAAGACUACUCCCACUGCACCUCUAGUGGCGCCGCAGUAG